CUCACUCCACAUAUCCAUCCAUAAAAUUAUCUAAACUCCGCUCCAAACCGCCCAAGGUGGGGGUAAUAACUGUUGACUCGCCACAGCUUGACGCACCGAGCAUUUUCUUUAGUUUGUUUUUCCAUUUGUAAUCGUCACGUCGUAAAACCCCGUCGUUAUCGAGUCCUCCCCGCGUCAUCGUCAAUCGCGCAAUCGAAAUCGAAGCAAAAGUCAGUGCAUCAUCCGAGUGCGCGUGCCGGGUGCCUCGGUAGUAUCCUCGAGGAGCAAUAACAAUUCGGUGAGCGUCAGAGGAGUGAACAAAACGAGAAAUAAUUUUCCAAGUGGAGUGGGAAAAUCGUUUUAACCUAUUUGUGGACAUUACGAGUGUUCAAGCCAGGGUUAACCUUCAAAUUACAGCAGCUGACACUCCUAGGCCAGGGAUACCGUGGUUUCCGUGGAAUAAGGGACUCGGAGUGCUGGUGAUAAGGAAUUAUUGGGGAUCGCCGGGGGAAGAUGUGAUGCGACUGCUAAGAAGCUUCGUCUCAUGGCUGAGAUGCAUUACACGUCAAUACCACGAGAUCUGUCUGGCGAGCUUGUUUUACUCAAGAAAAUAUCGAAGUUUGAUACUUUGGACUGUCGGGAUAAAACCUUUGCCAAUGAUACUAACUCUCCCAGUGGUCCCCUGUUGCGUGGUGACAUGAGCCAAGGAGGAGAGAGGUGCCAUAAGGAACGCAAGGAACACCGUGACAAGUGUAGAGCGUACAGAAAGUACUCGGAAUUGACGCCACCGAGUCACCACAGCUACGACAAUUAUGGUAAUUCAGUGGCCAGCAAGUCAAAUUCCUUGCCCGGGAGAUGCAAUGCACCUGCCCAGGGCUCGGGGCCUCUCGUGGCGACUGGAAUUCCAGCGGAGGACCUGGCGAGUCAGCUGACGAUCCUAGAUGUCGGGGUUUUCAAGGCAAUCCGGCCCGAGGAGCUGUCCAGCUGUUCCUGGAAUAAGAAAAACAAACUUCUGGUGGCGCCGAAUGUCGUCGCUUUCACCAGGAGAUUUAAUCACGUGAGCUUCUGGACAGUCCAAGAAAUUCUAAACUUCUCAACCCCGAAGCAGCGUUCAGAAAUGAUCGCCCACUUUAUUCGUGUCGCAAAGAAAUUGUACGACUUGAAUAAUAUGCACUCAUUAUUCGCUAUCAUAUCCGGUCUCCAAAGUGCUCCGAUAUAUAGAUUGAAUAAAACGUGGGCCUGCCUCUCGAAAAAGGAUAAGUGCACGUUCGAUAAGCUUGCCGAGGUCUUCAGUGAUAAGAAUAAUUGGAUGAAUCUCAGGGCGCACAUGGAGACGCUCAGAUUACCUUGCAUUCCUUACUUGGGACUUUUUCUUACUGAUCUUGUAUAUAUUGAUAUGGCUCAUCCCUCUUCUAAGAAUAACGACAACCAUCAAAGGGCAAUUAAAAUGAACACAGUGCUGACGAGAGUAACAGUGUUUCAAGCCAGUGAUUACUCUGGCAUCAUUCCAUUACCAGAUGUUCAGAGAUAUUUGAAUAGUGUCAGAUACAUCGAGGAGCUGCAGAAAUUCCUUGAGGACGAUCAUUUCAAACUAUCGAUGAAGCUCGAACCGAACUCCCCAGUGGCCUCAUCGAGCAGCAGCAAAGAAUCCGUGGGAGACGUAGCAACAGGCGUUGCAGCCUUGUCCCUGUCACCAGCUAGAGGUUGUGCGGGCUCCCUUCGCCUCCACGCAGCCUCAGCAGCCAACAAAUUCGUACCAGGGCAUCGAAAAUGUCGGAGUUUAGGCACCAACAUCUUUGGGAAAGCAUCGGGGACGUCGUUGGAGCCUGGCCAAAUAACAGUGCGUCAUCUCCUGGACGAUUCAGUUCUCGAAGAGCCUCAUUUGGUGUCUCCAGUCGUUGACCUGGAUCAGAAUUCACCUGGAACUCCCACAGAUGCUCUCAAUGACGAUUGCAGUUUGCUUUCUAGAACGAGCACGUUACCGAUCCUCCCCUGUACCGUGGACGGUAUAAUGGAGCCCCGUUGUUCGAUGCAGGGGCUCCUACGUCGAAAAGUUGUCCUCAGAGACGGCAGAAAGCCUGCAGUAUCGACGUGGCAGAGGUACUGGAUCCAGCUCUGGGCCUCCUCGAUAGUCUACUUCUCCCCCAAAUGCUUCAAGGGCUCGGACAGAUCCGACUUCAAACGCGAGCCCUACAAAAUGGUCUCAAUACUCGGAUGGGUUAUUGAGUCCUCGGACAGUAUGUUCCAUCGAGAUACUUUCCUCCUCACUGAUCCCAACAAGGGCAACGUCUACAAGUUCCGAGCUGGGUCUGGUGACUUUGCUGAUCAGUGGGUCAAGGAACUACGUGCCACAGUGCGAGGCGGUGUCGAGAGGAAGCCAAUACCUGCUAAUCUCAUGUCCUUCGAGUAAACUGGAUCGCUCGUCGGUAAUUUAUCACGCGUUGCUUUUCACUCACGUAUGAAAUUACUUAUCACUCAAUGGUAGAGGAAACUGGAUUUAAAAAUUGCCAAUUGCCAAUUUUCAUAAUGGCCAAAAACGAAAGGCUUUGAUAUUAAUGCUCAUUGCGGUUCCAUGCGCUUGGUUGCAAAGAAGACAAGUUGUCAGGGUCAUUAAUUUUUUCAUCUUGUUUCUCUAUUUAUUCACAUUUUGGAGGGAAAUGGCGAAGAACAGGAGAGAUGUGUUCAAAUGAAAAAUUUUAAUUGCAGUCUGUCCAUGAAACUCUGAAUGAAUUGACAGAUUAUGAGGUAUAAAGUUAAGGAAAACAAUUUUUUGUGCUAAUGGACCUCUCAUUUAUGGACUGUGAUUCGAAAAUAAAAUGCCCGUUUUCGUAAUGUUAAAAAUGAAAGGCUUUGGUCUUAAUGCUCAUUGCGGUUCCAUGGGCUUGGUUGCAGAGAAGACAAGUUGUCAGGGUCGUUAAUUUUUUCAUCUUGUUGCUCUAUUUAUUUACAUUUUGGAGGGAAAUGGCGAAGAACAGGAGAGACGUGUUUACGUGAAAAAUUUUUAUUUCAAACAUCUUUUAGUUGAGUUUUGAAAAUAUAUCGGCAGACAGUGGUUGACAGUCCAUCCAUGGAACUCUGAAUAAAUAGACAGAUUAUAGGGUGUAAAAUAGAGGAUAACAAGGUUUUGGUAUGCAAUAAAUCUUUCAUUCAAUCACGACUAUUCCAUUCAUGAGCUGUGAUCUAUGAAUGAUAUGUCUGUUUUCAUAAUGGCAAAAAACCAAAAGCUUUGAUAUUAGCAGAGAAGACAAAUUGUCAAGGCAAGUCGUUAAUUUUCUCAUCUUGUUUCUCUAUUUAUUAAUAUUUAAAUUUGGGAGGGAAAUGGCGAAGAACAGGAGAGACGUGUUUACAUGAAGAAUUUUUAUUUCAAAGAUCUUUCAGUUGAGUUUCGAAAAUAUAUCGGCAUACAGUGGUUGACAGUUCAUCCAUGGAACUCUGAAUAAAUAGACAGAUUGUAAGGUGUAAAAUUGAGGAUAACAAGAACAAAGUUUUUGUGUUCACAAUAGAUCUUUCAUUCAAUGACUUGAGACUAUUUCAUUUAUGUCUGUUUUCAUAAUGUUCAAUAACGAAAAGCCUUGUUAAUUCUCAUUAUGGUUCCACGGGCUUGAUAGGAGACAAAACAAGUUGUCACGUCAAGUCGUUAUUUUUCCAUCUUGUUUCUCUAUUUAUUUAAAUUUUGUAGGGAAAUUGCAAAGAUCAGGAGAGAGGUAUUUACAUGAAAAAUUUCAAUUUUAAGGGUCUUUUCGUUAAGUUUUGAAUAUAUAUUCGCUGAUAAUGAUAAACAGUCUAUCCGUGGAAUACUGAAGGCAUUCAAUAAGUUUAUGGACUAAGAAAUAAUUAAUUAGAUUACGAAUUUGGAGAAGUAAAUCUGUAGUGAAUUGGUAAACUAGGAUAAGUGCAUUUCA